AUGGGAGUGAUUGCUUUAUCAUCUUCCCCUUCAUCUCUGCACCGCUGUGUACUCCUUUCAAAAUUCACUUCUUCUCCAUCUGGUCCAUGUGACUGUGAAUCCACCACACUGUUGGAUUUGAGAGAAAAUUUUACUUGUACCAGGAUGUCUGUCCCUGUGAAACAAGCAGUGGUAUCUGAUAGGAAGUUUCUGAUUGACUUCUUCUUCACUACUUACUUGGGACCUGAUGUCAUGUCUCAUAAUCCAACAUGUUGUGUUACUCAAAGGCUAGUGUUUGGAUUCCCACCCUAUGUGUUGAGUGAUUUAAGACCUUCAUAUAUUAGCAUUUCUCUCUUGGAGAGAUUGUAUUAUUUUCUUCUCAGAUUUUCUCCUCCUCACGUUGUCUUGGAUCUCAAUAUGCUUCGCGCGUAUCUGAAGGGAAAUCUAUUUUUGCCCUCCUUGGAUUUUGUCCCGGGUAGCAAGCAGUUCAUUAGUUUUUUCCCUUUGGAUCUUCAUCAACAGAUAUGGUACCCUGAUACCUUCAGAAUUAUGAAAGGGAUUGUUUUAAUUGAUGAUCCUUCUCCUUCAUGCAUCAGAGAGGAUGAUUUCAAUAGAUUCAAAUCUUUAACUGGUAUGACAACUCUCAAGUUAAAUCUUGGUGAAUUUUUCCAACUGGGUUGUCGAUCAAGCGAUGAAGGUGAUGGUCAUUGCAUGAUCAAAUGGCCUGAGGCUAUUCACAAUAAGGGGUGUGAAUCAGGAGAAUUCAAAGAAGACCACAAGAGGAAGCGUGUUGAGGAGAUACUGCCAUUGCCAGAAAUUCCCCAUGUCAUCCCUACAAAACACAAUUUGAAGAUUAAGCUUUCCAAGAAGAGGGACAAAUCUGUUAAGCCAAAAUUCAUGCCCCUCUUCACUAUUCCUGAGAUGGAUGACUGCAUUCAGGAUUCUCCUGUUAUUAUAACAGGGUCAGCCUUAAAAGGGCAAUUUGGUUCAUCUGUUGGUAUUGUGGAUAUUGGUAGUAGUGAAGUCGCAUAUCUAUUCCGAGUUUCCAUACCAGGGGUCACGAAAAAUGAGGGUAACAUUAGCUGUGAUAUUGAAGCUAAUGGGAAUGUUCAGAUCAGAGGGAUGGUAACUGGUGGAAGAACAUUAAUAAAAGAAUCACGUGUUUUUGAGAUGAAAUUUAGGGAGUUAGGCUCUGGACCAUUCACACUUUCAUUCAGUCUUCCGGGUCCAGUUGAUCCAAGACUCUUCUUAGCAAAGUUCAAGCCUGAGGGCAUUUUGGAAGGAGUAGUAAUCAAGCAGUAG